GCUCCCAAGAGCUUUCUCAAGAUAUGUCUGAUAAUAAUGUAGUUAGUUCAAGUAUGGGUGCUGCCUUUCUUUCUUUGGUUACUAAAAAAAAAACAUCAGCAGUUUCACCGUAUUUUAUCAAAAAACUGAAUAGUGAUUCUAUAGUCACUUGUGUUAUUUGUAAAAACGAAUAUAGCAGUAAAGGCUGGAGUACGAUUGAAAUUUUUGCACUUAUGCAAAAUAAUCCAGUUUCAAUACAAAAUUUGACAGCUGAUCAAAAAGCACGAUUCAAUCUUUUAUUAGCCGAAUGGAUUGUUACUGAUACAUUACCUUUUUCAAUCGUCAAAAGCAAAGCAUUAAUUGCUUUGCUACAAUACCUUAAUGCUAGUAUUGAAUUGCUUUCACGUGAAACUAUUAAGUCAAUCGUACAAAGUUCUUUUAUUUCAAUGAGAAAUGAUGUUCAAAUUCUUCUUGGACAAAUUUCCAAUAAAAUUUCAAUAAUAUUGGAUCUUUGGACUUCCUGCGCAAACAUGUCUUUUCUUAGGAUAGAUAUUGAAACACAAUUAAUAUCCAUUUUAACUACUUUUAAUAUUACUACGAAGAUUUUUUGUGCAACGACCGACAAUGGAUCUAAUGUCAUUUCAGCAAUUUAUCGAUUAAAUAUACAUUUAUCUAUACAAAAUCUUCGGUUUUAUUCACACCAUUGUCUUGCACAUGUUUUGCACCUUGUAAUUACUGCGGGAAUGGCACAAAUUAAAACAUCAAUUGAAAAAGUAUGUAAAUUUAUGAGAGCUAUUACAUCAUCAUCUACAAUAACUCAAGAUUUCAAAGAGAUUGGCCAGUCCGUCGGUGAAGGUGAAAUAGUUCGAAAAAUUCUACAGGAUGUUUCAACCAGAUGGAAUAGUACUUACCUCAUACUAUCAGUUUAUAUAUCUAUGCCUACUACGAUAGCAGCUAUUAUUAGACGUCACAGUAAUCUUGACCAAUACAAGCUUACUCAACAAGAAGAUUUUAAUCUUCAAGUUGUAACUCAAUUUUUGCGACCAUUCUAUAAGACUACAAAUAUACUAUCCGGUAGCACAUAUGUAAUAUUGGGCCUUUCAAUUUUAUUAAUUUCUGAUAUUAUCGAUGUUAUUACAACAUGUAUUCAAGAUUCAUCAAGCCCAGCAUUUCUUAAAAGCGCUGCAACACAAAUGUUAGAAAAACUUAAAAAUCAAGACCUUUUUAAUAAUAUUUUUCAGGAGUAUUCAGUAUCAGCAUUAAAUAAUUCUUCUACUGUUACGGAUUCAAAUGCUGAAAUAAACUCAACAACGUAUGUAGAACAAGUUGCACAAAAACGACGGCGAAUUAAUAUUUUAAAUGGCCCAUUUGAUGAGCUUACGCAAUAUCUAAAUGAGGCUACUUUACCAAUAAAUAUCAACCCCUUAGAAUGGUGGAAACUUAAUAGUUUUCGUUUUCCGGGUAUGUCUCGAAUGGCCAAAGAUUUUCUCACAAUGCAGGCUACGUCAGUGCCUUCUGAACAAAUAUUUUCAAAGGCAGGUAACACUAUUCGGGCUAAACGUGUACGUCUUUCUGAAAAAAGCGUACAAGCACUAAUGUGUACUGGCUCAUGGUUGGAACAUGGCAUUAGGUUUCAAAGAGAUUAA